CCAAGUGAUUCUCUUAACACUCUCUCCCCCAUCCCCUAAAUGUGAUCUCUAAUGACACCCUUGACCCCCCCCCCCACUGCCCUCUCUAAUGAACUGACCACACCCUUUCCAGGUGAGUCAAAAACAUGGCAUAGUGUUCCUCAUCACCAAAUAUGGUUAUGUCCAUCUGUACGACGUCGAGGGCGGCACGUGUAUCUACAUGAACCGUAUCAGUGGUGACACGAUCUUUGUCACAGCAUCACAUGACACAAGCAAUGGUAUCAUUGGUGUCAACAGAAAAGGACAGGUUUGUACUGGUAUAGUUUGUUACUUUCAUGAACGUUGUAAAUGACUUGUGAAGUAUCUUGAUAAGAACAUUCAAUUUUGAUCUAGGUACCAAAAACGAAAUCCAUAGCUAGAAAGAGCAUCAUAAAAUUAGUAAAAUUGCAAAGUUUGGCCGCGAAAUGUUGUAAAAUGCGGAAAAUAUAGCCCUGCGAAAUUUGCAAAUUUUGUAUUAUUUUGUAUUACGCGUGCGGGAAAAUGCACCACUUUCGGCCCAAAUUUGGUGCAUUUUCCCGUGCGUAAUACAAAAUAAUACAAAAUUUGCAAAUUUCGCAGAGGACUAUAUCUUCCGCAUUUUACAACAUUUCGCAACCAAACUUUGCAAUUUUGCUAAAUUUAACAUGCUCUAUCUAGCUGUGGUGACGGAUUUGGUUCUUCUUGCCGAGAUCAAAAUUAAGUCUAUACCUGGAAUCCAUUGAACUGAAAGUAAAUUUGUAUCAGAUAUACAAACUCCUUCACGGUCGUGAUUUCUUUUUGUUUUCUUCAUGAAUUACCUUAUUAUAGGAAAUUAACGAUGCACUUAAUUAACGCGACAUAAAUUAACGCGACAUCAAAUUAACGCGACAUCAAAUUAACGCGGAUUGCUUCUAGGUCUUUAAAAGCAUGAUUAUAUUAACGCGAAUCUGAUCUCCAUGGUUGAUAAAUUAAUUAAAUUAACGCGAAUCGGAAAAUAUAGACAACAACAACAACAACAACAACAAAGGUUUAAUGUUAAGAGGAGCACUGAUGUUUUUAGUUUACGUUAAUAUGCUGUAUUUUGAUAUUAAAAGAGUUAGUGUUAUAUAAAACAAAUCUAGGUAUUUUUAACUAACGAUAAAUGAAAAUUACAUACUUAAAAUUAACGAUCACAUAAAUUAACAUUAAUUAAAUUAACGCGAAUUUUGAAAAUCCGCGUUAAUAAAGUGCAUCGUUAAUUUCCUAUAAUAAGGUAUUCACGAGUUUCACAAAAUUAUUUCUAACUUUGCCAGCAGUCUGCUCUAUUAAAAUUAUGUCUUAACCUCAGGUGUUAUCAGUCAGCGUUGAUGAAGAGAAUAUUGUAGCAUACAUCACGAACGUGCUUCAAAAUCCUGACCUCGCCUUGCGAGUGGCUGUGCGGAACAACUUGGGAGGCGCUGAAGAAUUGUUUGUGAGAAAGUUUAACAACAUGUUCAACAACAUGCAAUAUGGCGAGGCUGCGAAGGUUGCUGCUAAUGCACCCAAGGUUUGAGUCUUACUUUUAGAUGUUUUCUAGAACACAUUAGGGGUUCUGAGCUAUAAUAUUACUGGAGGAGGUGCUCGGCAUAAAAAAGGGUUACAUUUCCAUGCGGGCAAAAUUGCAAAUAUGCCCGAAAGAUUUUAAAAUUAAAAUUUUAAAGUGAUCUGUUUGCUCGCUUUUGCAUAAUAACACGCUGGAGGUAGCAUAUUUGAGGAAAAUAUUAACCGGAAAUCGAAGCUGUUCCAAUGCGUAACUGACUUCCGGUUGCGAUCCCUGGCAAUGUGGGUAAUGUGUACGUUUCAACGGAAAAACAAUUACCGGAAAUGGACCAUUUGUAUUAUACACUAAAUUUUGAUCUCAACAAGUCUAGAUAAAAAUUUCAUCACAGCUUGAAAGAGCAUUACAAAAUUAGUAAUAUUCCAAAGUUUCGUUGCGAAAUGUUGUAAAAUGCGGAUAAUAUAGCCUUGCGAAGUUUGCCGUUUUUCAGUCAUUUUCUAUUACAAACGGGAAAUUGACAGCCCCAAAGAGUAUUGGGCUGUCAAUUUCCCCCGCGUAAUGCAAAAUGACUGAAAAACGUCAAACUUCGCAAUACUAUAUUAUCCGCAUUUUACAACAUUUCGCAACGAAACUUUGGAAUAUUACUAAUUUUGUGAUCCUUUUUCAAGCUGUGAUAAAUUUCGAAUUUAGUAUAGAAUAAAAAAUUUAGCCAUAAUGCAAAUGGGACCAUUAAAGCGCUGAAACGCUAUUUCGAAAUCCGCAGGGAGUACCCAAACAAUUAUCAAUGUUUAUGGAAAAUUCCAUGAAAUGAACGGAUUUGUGAUAUUGAGAGCCGUUUCAAAUUUGUCUACUUUAUAUAAACUCUGUGGAUCAGUGGUUCGGUUAUGCGCGUGCACUACUGCACGCCCGAUAGCGUAAAAUGGGAAGACGGAAAAUUAUUCGUUUUGCUCUUAAUUAUUCGGGUGUUUUUAAUUAAUUAUUUGUUGGCAAGCAGCUGGGGACGAGGUAUGACCGCGAGGCAGCUGUUGUGACCUUAUCGAUCAUUGAAACAUUUCCAAUAAUAUUAGUUGUUGUGCGAUGGAUGAAGCAAUCAAAACUAUACUGAAGCUUGCCUUCGGUUUUCUAUCGGACAAGUUACGCACUUAUGGCGCUGAGAAAUUGCAAGAUGGUGAUCUCACUGACCAGAAAUUUAGAGGCAUUAUUGUUCGUGAAUUAGACGACAUUAAGGUUAAACUUGAUUGUUUGUCUCGCAAGGAUCUGUCUACGAGCAUUAGUUGGCUAAAGCAAGCUGUCCAACGUUUGCAUAUGUCUGUUGGUGAGACGUGUGAGAGUGUAAGCUCUGCAUAUACAUCUGAAUUACCGAAGAACGGAACGCAAUCACGAGAUACAACGGGCGCUGGGGAAAGUUCGAUACAGAGAAAGCCGACUCAACAGUCCGUGACUGUGGAAAACGCACUUGCACUCGCCAGCGCCAUUGGGAAAUUAAAGAUCGAAUCAAAUGAACUGUUUGGUCUCGCUAAACAGUCUUUUAAUGAAGCGGGAAAGAAAGCAUGCGAAGCCUUUCAUAAUGCUUCACUGAGCAUAGAGGAAAGAAUCCUUGCAAGUAAAGUACGCAUCGCAAGCGGAAUACUUGAACAUGUCGACCACCUAGAGGUUGCGGCAAGUGACUGUUUGUUGUACUUACAAGAAUUACAUGACAUGCCAGCCAUACAAGAAAUAUUUUUAGUGCACGUUAAAGGAGGAAUAAAGUCUAUUUUCGGGAAAGAGUCACGAACUGAAAUUGUACAGACCGUAAUAAUGAUGAAUUUAUUCUUGGCUGAUUAUAUCUCCACGUAUACGAAGCGAAAAAUGGCAGUUUUAGAUUGGCCACUGAUAAUAAGUGGUAAGCAAAUAUUCCAUCCAAUUCAUUACGAUAAAACGAGUUUACCAAAUCUGAAAGAAAUUAAAGUGACACUACCAUGGGAUAUUGUAAUACUGGAAAACGACGAAAUCGUACACGGCGCCUUCUAUGGACAUGGUAGUGAUUUUAACAAAAAAAUGGAUCUCGUCUGUUUCACCAAUGGCACAUAUGGUCCUCAGAAACUGGAUAAAACAACCGGUAAGCUGCAGCCGUGCUGUACUUUUCCUUUGCAAGACAGCACUCAACCGACCGAGCCUAGCCCUAGGGAUAGGAGUCACAUUACCUUUGGUUUAACUGUUGACGAAGACGACACAGUUUACGUUAUGUCUCAUAUUGAAAACAUGGAUGGCUAUACGUUGUCAGUCUAUAGUGCAGAUGGAAGAAUUACCGAUCAGUCUAAUUUGAAAUUUUUGAAAAGGCUGAAAUGUGUUCGAAUUUCUGUGACCAAAGACAAGAAUAUUGUCAUAUUUUGUCAAUCGUAUGACAAUAUCGCAGAUAUCAGAGUAUAUAUAUGUAAAAGCAACGGAGAACUGAUAAACAGCUUUCGCCCAGAUCUGAAGAAUGAUUCACGUAUACUGUCCGUGUUUUCUCUUUGCAACAAUGAGAUAAUGCUCGCAACAAUGGCACACACAACGGCACAGACACUGAAGGCACUCGCAGCGAGAGCAGCAGCGGGAGUAGUAGCGGGAACAGCAGCGGCAGUGGUAAUCUCGCUCUCAGUCGACAAUGUGGUUUCUUCUUUCUUUUAUAUGAAUGUAAUACUUCACAUUUACACAGAAGACGGACAGUUGAAAAAAACUGUGACAUGUUGUAAGGUUGUCUUUCUUUUAUUGGGCAGCAUUAUUAACAUAUUUUACAACCAAGCCACGAAGAACAUUAUUUGUGUAGAGUAUCAUAAAGAUUCGGCAGUGGUAGAUUAUUUGUCAAGUGAAACUGGUAAAAUUCUGAAUUCAUAUUUACUGCAUGAAACAAACUUGCCAGAAGACAAGUACACAAGUUGUGGCUGUCAUACAAAUGGUGCACUUGCUUUGGUUGGCAUGAAGCAUGUCCUCUUUCUGCAAACACCUUCCAUGUAAAAUGUAACUGAAUCAUGCUUUUCGCGUUUUUGAGAGCGUAUUCUGAAUACGCAACCUCGUUCCCAGGCUCUCCCCUUUUGAGGAGGAAAGACCUGGUCGGAGCUGGUCACGUGGCUCCCACAUUCUGGGUGCUAAAUUGAAAUUGUACAUAGGGAGGGGUGGUAGAGGAGUGCGCUUUUUGCGCUUGGAAAAGUACAACUUGUGUGUUAUAGUUUCAGGCAAUAAAAUUUAAAUUUGCAACAAGAAAUCCUGAAAUAUUUUGUAUUUAUUUUCACACGUCUUCCUUUAUAUAACUGAGUGUUUGGUUACAUUAGUCAAGGGAGAGGUUGGAUCAGAUUUCGGUGGACAUCAAAGCUUGGCAACGAAAGCACGCUUCGCUCAGUUCGCUGUAAAAAUCUUCCAGACCGAAGAUUCUUUCUGUUGUCAGUAUUGAAGUGAAUAGUGAACUUUAUUUAGGCACGGAGGCCUGUCAUCGAAAAUAACAUGAUCUUCCCAGGCGCCGUGACAUUUGAAUUAUUUACAAUAUUUACAAGCAGAAUGAGAAAUUAAAGCUAUCAAUAGGCUGUCGUGCAUCAUAAACUUAACUAAAAAUUCAAUUUUUACAUAGGACGAAAGAACAGUUAUUUAGCUUUACAAUGAUACUCUUUUUAAAUCGUAACGAUGCGAAAUGGCCAGGACUUACCCCCUCAAGAAGGUCGAUAUUUCUAGGAAUAUCGUCCCGGGAAACGAAUAUCCUAGGAAUAUCGCUCCCAGGAGGGCGAGCGAAUACCCUAGAAUAUUUAUUUGUUUGCUUAAAUAAAUACGAUAAAUAAAUAUUCUAAGGGUAUUCCCUGGGAGCGAUAUUCCUAGGAUAUUCGCCCACCGGGACGAUAUUCCUAGGAUAUUCGCCCCCUGGGGACGAUAUUCCUAGAAAUAUCGCUCUUCUUUUGAGAGGGGGGUGGGUGGGGCGGAAGUCCUGGCCAUUUCGCAUCGUUACGAUUUAAAAAGAGUAUCAUUGUAAUAAUAAUGAAUAUCAUUGAAUAUCAUUGUAAUAAUAUUGCCCCUCUUUAGGAUAUUGCCCCCCCCCCCCUAUAUAUGCGAUGUGGUUUAUUCAAAUAAUUUUGUGAUGCUUUCAUCUUAUUAGUACCUUUUACACGUUUGGGAAAUUAACUCUGCAAAACUAAAGCUUUUUUUGUCUUUUUUGAAACGUAUUAUUGGAGUAUUGGCAAGUUUUACCAUUCAAAGAUUUACAAACUAAUAUUGAAAUAAUGCAAGUAAAAAAAACAGUUUCUAUAUACGCGCAUUCACUAAUGAAUAAUGACGACUUAUAAGCCAUACAAUAACGACAAAACGUGGACGCUAAACAAUUUUAACAAUACUUUAAUAAUCUUUUAUAUUUUAUAAAUCCAUUUUGAAAAUAUUUAAUAUAUUGAAUAAUGCUCAUUACAUUUAUACGACGAAAUGUUUCUGGGCCUUGAAUGGGUAUGACACGUUGUACCAUGGAUUGUAAAAUAAUGGAUUGUAAUUUAUUUUAAUAUCCAUGGUUGUACAUAUACUAAGUCUAAGACCAUCUAUUUAGUUUAUAUUUUGAAAUUCAAUCAAUUCCAUCGUGUUUGUCAAUACAAUAAUAAUGUGCUUCAGUGUUUACAACAUAACCAUAGGAAAAUAACAACACGCUGAGGCGAAGGCAGCCAAGUACAGAUUUGGCAAAUGUGUUGGUGACUACUGGUAAUAAUAACAAUGAAACUAAACGUAUUUCUUCUAUAAACACGAUAGUAAAUUUAUAGCCUCAGCCUUAGCUGAUGUGGUGGUGUAGAUCUAAAUAUCAUAAACAAGAUCUAUAUAUAAGAAUUACCUAACCAAUUCAAUUAUUUUCAAUCCGAAUGACAAUAAUUUUGUGAAUACUGCAUCGGUAGAAACAAGUAGAUUUUUAGUGCUAAAAAACAAGUCUUGACAAUACCAAUAAUUACAAUAACGACCACGGUGAUUACUUUUUAACAAUGAGUUUGAGGAUUAACACUGAAAAUGCAAAAUAUGCAUGGUGUGCUGUAGUCUCCCUUGCAGACGUUCUUAUAGCUCUAGAGCUAUAAGAAUGUCUGCGAGGGAGACUAGGUGUGCUGUGAAGCGUACGAUAACUGCUAUUGAUCUGCUGUAUACAAGCCCUUUCGAUACAUAUAAUUGUAAAUUUGUAUUUUUAACAAUUUUGAAAUGAAUUGAUUUCAAAUUACUAAAGCCAUGUAAUAAUUAUCAGUGCAACUGUUAGGAAGUGCGAAAUUUUGAACGGAGGACGAAAAUCCUAAAGAAAGGGUGAAGUCUCUAAAGGGGGGCGAAUUUCCUAGGAAUCCCCCCCCCCUGGGAGGGCGAUAUUUAUCAUUUAUAGACCCGGAGCGAGGGGAUUCGGCGUAAUAGAUUUAUUAUACCGAAAGUUAUAAAAGAACUCACUAAGUUCAGAAUAAACUUUAAAACUUGCUGAAUAUUAAUAUUAAACUACGCGAAUACAAUUUUUAAUUUCUUAUGUAUACCUGAGUUUUUGACGUUUCCUCUUUAAAUAUUUAAGCAUGUAUCCUUUGGAUCAUUAAAGGUAAAAUGCGUAUUGAAAAUAUUUUGUUAAAUCAAAUAUUCUAUACGAAAAUACGAAAUUACAAACAACAGCUCGCGAACGCCAUAUUGUUUCAGAGCGUGGUGUCCACGCGUGAGCGUGGGAUACUAUAAUAUCCCACGGUGGAUCUGCCGUGGGAUACAGUAUCCCACGCUGGAUUGCGAAAUCAUGAAUUUGAGUGAAAUACCGUAAAAAAAAUCACAUCACGUGAUACAAAUGCUGUUUUUUCAUUGGACAAUUUGAAUUUGAGGUAUAAUAUUACAAGGAAUUUCGUGCGACACCGGUCGAAAUCACAUUUUUCCACCGUUGGGAAUUGCAUGGGAAACGAAACAUAGACAACUCUCAAGAGGGAAUUAAAAUUGAGUCUUAAACGGUGGAAGAAUGUGAUUUCGACCGGCAAUUUUUAUUUGACGAGUAUGUGGCCAUUUCUCAUCGUUACGAUUUAAAAAAGGUAUCAUUGUAAAGCUAAAUAACUGUUCUUUCGUCAGCCUAUGACUAUGUAAAAAUUAAAUUGUUUAGCAAAGUUGAUGAUGCACGACUGCCUGUUGAAUUUCCAUAGCGUUUUUUUUUUAGAUACCCUGUACAUAACAAAUUAAUUCUACAGUUUAUUUUUGAAUAUUAUUAGGGAAGUGGAAUUCUCAAUUCAAUUGGUAUUGAAUUCCAUACCACUGUUCCAUAAUAUUCGAGACUAUUAAAAAUGUUAGAUGCGCGACCAGGAUUCAUAAUAAAGUUUCUGAAACGUUCUCUGCAUGAUCGUAAAAUUUAUUUAAACACGAGCUUUCGACUGCCAAACAGAUUCCGCACGGUUGUGCUAUGGGUAGUCCCGUUAGCCCUAUUGUGGCAAACCUCUGUAUGGAAGAAAUUGAGGAACUAGCCUUUAACCAAACCGAUACGCCGGUCUAAAAAAUGGUUUCGCUUUGUGGACAACUUUCAUUAUUAGACACAAUAGUAAAUCGUAACAACGGGUCUCUCAUCGUUAACGUUUACCGUAAACCUACACACACUGACAGAUACCUAGACUACAACUCACACCAUGACAAACAACAAGAUUAGCACAGCACUAACACUCGUACACCGAGCAGCCCAUCUCCCUAACACGAACGAAGGCAAACAAGAGAAAGAUCGUGUUUUUGACGCCCUGAGAAGUGAUGGGUAUCCAGAAAUAUUUUUGGACGAAGUAGAGAAGAGAAGCACAAGAAAAACAGAAUUCGUGCCAUCACCCGAAGAACUUGUACGUAUGUUUUUUUGAAAUUACUGAAACGAUACGGCAUCAGAACCACGACGAAACCACUCCGAACGUUAGAACAACGUUUUCCGUCACCAAAGGACAGACCACUUCCCGAAAAACAGGCCAAGGUCGUAUACAAAUUGCGCGGACUGCUGCUGGAGCUAUAUAGGUGAGACCGGCAGAGCUCUCGAAACGAGAAAAAUUAAGGAACAUAAGAGAAACGUCCAACAAUGCAAAUCCGGUUCCAACAUAGCAAAACAUGCUUGGACUCAGGACCACAAAAUCAACUUUGAUGAGUGCAAAAUCCUAGACAAGGCAACCUAUCAACACAGAGCAACACUGGAGUCUUGGCAUACAGCAACCACAUUCAAUUCUGACAACAUUGCCAGUGUUUUCAAUAAUAAUCAUCAUAGCGGGCUGCAUUUCAAAAAUAGGCGUCUGCGUUCAAAAAUUUCAAGUGAAAGCCAAAUUUCAAUCUUUUCUUUGGUUUAGUCAGUAAAAAGCUAUAAAUUUAAGACUGAUUUGGACUUCUUUCUUCUCCCCACCUUAACUUUUGUAAUAAUAUGUUGCUCUUACUUUUAGUGAUAAUAUUAACUUUUAAUAUAAUACUCAUCUGUAUUGGAUUAGUGUAGGUAAUAGUACGGCUUCAAGUCCAUUUUUGGAAAGACAUGCAUGAGUAUGCUUUCCAAGAGGAUCAUGGUAACUGUUUAUUUCGUAAUGUAAGCUAUCAACUUUACAAAACAGAAAGUCGUCAUGCCCAAAUAACAGCCCUUGCAAUUCAACAUUUAAUAAACGAGUUACGAAGGGAGUGAUAAGGAAUUGUUUAUCCCCUAAGAACGUUGUUCUAAUCCAUGGCUGCUUUAGCCUAUGCCUGCUCUUACUGUUCUAGGUUGUCGGCGACCUUAUACAGUUCGUGUCGUGUCUUUUUCAAUUUGAAACUUUACACUAUCCUUGGAUCCCUAGUCACUUGCUUUAUACUAUUUUCAAUAAAAUAAUACAAUCUUAUGUCGCUAGAAAAUUACAGUAAACGAAAAAGUAACCGGCUGUCAGAGGCGAAAUAGGCGGUAACCGCCUCUUAUUGAAAACACUGCAUUGCGCAACAUUUUACCAGAACAAUAUACAUUUUUAUUAAGAUCAUAGUUUUAUACUUAUACUUAUACUUAUACUUAUACUUAUAAGAAUACUCGUUUCACUAGAGUUUAACUAUCCUCAUUGUUAUUGCAUGUCAUUGUAAUUGUAAUUGUAAACCACUGUAUUUAGUAUCAUUUUACCCUCUGCAUUUUACCUGGCGAAGACUGUAGACUGGCAGUCGAGAGAAUGUUUCAGAAACUUUAAUAUUCAAGACUAUUUUUCAAAAAAUUGGUGUUUGGUUUAGGAAUUAGGGAUAACAAAAAUUGUAGUUAUGACCUCGUGUACCAUGACUGUGAAUUAAAUUCGCUCGAUUAAAUGGCUGUGGGGGAUAAGAUGGGUUUAAUUUAUGGAAUACUUUGAACAUUAGUCGAUUAGACAAGAUUUUUGUUUCACCCGCUUAUCUUCUAGUGUCGGCCAAUUUAAGUUAUUCAAAAUUCGUAUUUCAUAGUUGCUCCUAUGUAUCCUGUCCGAUACGUAAACACAACGGAUUUACCUUAUGUAAAGAUGCGGAAUUGCUAUAAAAUAGAAAGAUCCUGUGAUCCCGCCAACUGCGUGUAAAUUCUAAACGUGCUCUCGGCUUUCGAUCCGACUGUGAAACUGAAAAGCCCUCCAAAACUGGGUGAUAUUUAACAAAUAUAAAACAUUUUCCGUGUUGAUAUACAGUUAUAUCAACACGAGUGGAAAUUGGGAAAACGAGAAAUUGUGUGGAAACACGACGCCCGAAGGGCGGAGUGUUUUCAGACAAUUUCGAGUUUUCCCAACUUCCACGAGUGUUGAUAUAACUAUAUAUCAAUACGGAAAAAUGUUUUAUAUUUGUUUUAUAAUAUAGCAAUGCCAAAAGCCCGAAGAAUAAGAAAAAUUUCCGUGUUUACAAGCGGCGGAAAAUUUCCCGUGUUGACAUGGAGUUAUAUCAACACGGCUCUUAGCCAAUCAGCGUUCGGAAUUUACAAAUGCUAUAUUAUAAAUACCGUUUUGGCAUCGCUGAGACUCUAUGAUCAAGAAUUAUGUCGAGAUAUAUCUCUCUGUCAUCCGAUGCAGGUAAAGACUCCUCCGUUGCGUGCGGAACAACUAUACACAAAAUUAUAUAGUAUUGUAUAAUAUGCGCAUAUACAAUUAUUUCAUAUUUAUUACAGUAAUACACCGGGCAGUAAUACACCAAAUUGUAGCUUGAUCUAUAUCCUAAAUUUUAUUUUGUCACGGAAUAGCAUAGUCUGACUUCAGCGUAUUUUUAUAAAUCAAAUUUAGCAAGUAUUUUGACGUAUAUAUGAUUCUCACAGUUGAUUGUACGAACACUCACUCCUUGCGAUCGAACUGUAAAGUGCGGUAGUGGAAGCAUGUAAUAAGAUACUUUUCUCACACCCUCUGAGGCAAUUAAUUUUUUGUGAGCCACGUGACCAGCUCCGACCCUGGUCUUUCCUCCUCAAGAGGGAAGAGCCUAGGAACGCGGUUGGUGCGAAGGGACACUUAUCCAAAUUUUUACAUCUAAUAUAUUUCUGAAAAAUUAACGAAAGGACGUCUUAAAUUGAUCAAUAUAAGUUUUAGUCAAAUCUUCUGUUGUGCAAAUCCAUGUUUUAUUUCUCACCAGGGAAUUCUGAGGACUCCACAAACCAUCCAACGUUUCCAACAAGUUCCAUCUCAACCCGGCCAGACCUCUCCUUUGCUUCAAUAUUUUGGCAUCUUACUGGAUCAAGGCCAGUUGAACAAAUACGAGUCUCUAGAGCUUUGUAAACCUGUCUUGCAACAAGGACGUAAACAACUGCUGGAAAAGUGGCUCAAAGAAGAGAAGGUAGAGUAUGUCUUAAAUGUGGUGGUCCAGUGUAGAGAGUAUAUUACAAUAAGCUGUAGCUGUCGUGGUUUGUGUCUGAACUACUUGAAAAGAUAUCUCAAACAUGGUGUUACAGUGUAGUUAGUAUUCUACAAUAAGCUGUCGUGGUUUGUGUCUGAACUACCUGAAAAAGAUAUCUCAAACCCACUCAAACGUAGUGUUCCAAUGCAGGUAGUAUUCUACAAUAAGUUAUCGUGGUUUGUGUUUGAACUUCCUGAAAAAUAUAUUUCAAACCUGGUGUUCCAGUGUAAUAUUCUACAAUAAACUGUCGUGGUUUGUGUCUGAACUACGUGAAAAAGAUAUCUUAAACGUGGUGGUCCAGUGUAGGUAGUAUUCUACAAUAAGCUGUUGUGGUUUGUGUCUGAACUACCUGAAAAAGAUAUCUCAAAAUGGAGGUCCAGCGUAGGUAGCAUUCUACAAUAAGCUGUCGUUGUGUCUGAAUUGUCUAGUAGUUUACUUCAACAGGAAGUUUUUGUCAAUGAUGAAACAAACUUAACACCAUCUUUCGUUUGAUGCCUGAAACAUGGCAUGAAAACAGACGUACAUCUGAGACAAAAUAUGUUUUCGUGAUGUCAAGCUUCAGUCUUAAAAGAGCGACGUUGCAUAGCAAGCUUUGUUUUGUUUUUUAGCUUGAGUGUAGUGAAGAACUUGGCGAUUUGGUAAAGCAAGUUGAUCCAACAUUAGCGUUGUCUGUUUAUCUGAGAGCAAAUGUCCCUAACAAGGUAAGU